GGACGGAAACGGAGGCGUGGAGCGUGGCACCCGCAGAGACACGCGGAGACAGACACAGUGAGACACGGUGAGACAGACAGUGACAGAGACACAGAGAGACAGUGAGACAGACACAGAGACACAGUGAGACACUGUGAGACAGACAGUGACAGAGACACAGAGACAGUGAGACACAGAGACACAGUGAGACAGAGACACAGUGAGACAGAGACACAGAGACACAGUGAGACAGAGACAGUGAGACAGAGACACAGUGAGACAGUGAGACACAGAGAGACAGUGAGACACAGAGACACAGUGAGACAGAGACACAGUGACACAGUGAGACAGUGAGACAGAGACACAGAGAGAUACAGAGAGACAGAGACACAGUGAGACAGACACAGUGAGACAGACACAGUGAGACAGAGACACAGUGAGACAGUGAGACAGACACAGUGAGACAGAGACACAGUGAGACAGUGAGACAGACACAGUGAGACAGAGACACAGUGAGACAGAGACACAGAGACACAGUGAGACAGAGACACAGUGAGACAGAGUGAGGAGACACGCUGAGACAGAGGCCCAGUGACGCAAGUGCUGACGCGUCCCUCUGGUCCCCGUGGCUUGCGAGCACAGCGGCUUCAUUGUUGAGUUCAGCUGACCGUCAUAAACAACACGCCUGCCGUUCCCCGGAUUACCCCCGCUGUGGCUUCAACACAGCAGCACCCUUGACUCUGUCGGGCAGAGAGAGAGAGUGGUGGCACGCGCGUCGCCCAUCGUGCAGCCAGACGUCGCCGCCGGAACCCAGGCAGGAUGCGCCUGACGGAGACGCCGCUGUUCGACCCGGCACUGCUCACGUCGCUGGACUGGAGCCACAACGACGUGGAGUUCAACCCCACGAUCUCGCCGGCCGCCCCCGGGGAGGGCCUCGUGAUGAGGCCUCUGUGCACGGCCGACUUCAAUAAAGGCUUCAUGAAGGUUCUGUCACAGCUGACGCACGUUGGAGAGGUGACGGAAGAGCAGUUCAUUGCGCGGUUUGAAAGCUUGAAGAAGGCGGGCGGCUACUUCAUCGUGGUGGUGGAGGACACCAAGCAGGGCACGAUAGUGGCCACGGGAACCCUGAUGGUGGAACAGAAAUUCAUCCAUUGCUGCGGCACGAGAGGGCGGAUGGAGGAUGUGGUCGUGACCGAUGAGUGUCGAGGAAAACAGCUGGGCAAACUGCUGCUGGUCACGUUGAAGCUGCUGAGCAAGAGCCUGGGCUGCUACAAGAUCACGCUGGAGUGUCUCCCCAAGAACGUGGCCUUCUACGAGAAGUUUGACUACAAGACGUCGCCGGAGAGCUACAUGCAGUGCCGCUUUCUACCGUGACGCCUUCCCCCUCCGAGUACACGGCACGGGACAGAAUGGCAAUGCUGACGUCCGCUGACCUCUCGUGAGUCAGCCCUACCACCUAGCCCUUCCCAAGUCCUACCACUUGACCCCUACCACCCAACUCCUACCACCCAACUCCUACCACCCAACUCCUACCACUUAACCCCUACCACUUAACCCCUACCACCCAACUCCUACCACCCAACUCCUACCACCCAACUCCUACCACCCAACUCCUACCACCCAACUCCUACCACCCAACCCCUACCACCCAACUCCUACCACCCAACUCCUACCACUUAACCCCUACCACUUAACCCCUACCACCCAACUCCUACCACCCAAGUCCUACCACCCAACUCCUACCACCCAACUCCUACCACCCAACCCCUACCACCCAACUCCUACCACCCAACUCCUACCACCCAACCCCUACCACCCAACUCCUACUACCCAACCCCUACCACCCAACUCCUACCACCCAACUCCUACCACCCAACUCCUACCACCCAAGUCCUACCACCCAACUCCUACCACUUAACCCCUACCACCCAACUCCUACCACCCAACUCCUACCACCCAACCCCUACCACCCAACUCCUACCACCCAACUCCUACCACUUAACCCCUACCGCUUAACCCCUACCACCCAACUCCUACCACCCAAGUCCUACCACCCAACUCCUACCACCCAACUCCUACCACCCAACCCCUACCACCCAACUCCUACCACCCAACUCCUACCACCCAACCCCUACCACCCAACUCCUACCACCCAACCCCUACCACCCAACUCCUACCACCCAACUCCUACCACUUAACCCCUACCACCCAACUCCUACCACCCAACUCCUACCACCCAACUCCUACCACCCAAGUCCUACCACCCAACUCCUACCACCCAACUCCUACCACCCAACCCCUACCACCCAACUCCUACCACCCAACUCCUACCACCCAACCCCUACCACCCAACUCCUACCACCCAACCCCUACCACCCAACUCCUACCACCCAACUCCUACCACUUAACCCCUACCACCCAACUCCUACCACCCAAGUCCUACCACCCAACUCCUACCACUUAACCCCUACCACCCAACUCCUACCAUCCAACUCCUACCACCCAACCCCUACCACUUAACCCCUACCACCCAACUCCUACCACCCAACUCCUACCACCCAAGUCCUACCACCCAACUCCUACCACUUAACCCCUACCACCCAACUCCUACCACCCAACUCCUACCACCCAACCCCUACCACCCAACCCCUACCACCCAACCCCUACCACCCAAACCCUACCACCCAACCCCUACCACCCAACUCCUACCACCAAGCCCAGCGAGGAUGUUGGCAUAACGAACGGGUGAGCACCUCGAGCCCCUCAUAAUCAAUGUAUUGUCCCUUUAUAGUCUAAAUAACAAGGUGAAUCUACAGCAGGGUUGCGAGGUUUAUCUUCUGUCUGUCGUUUAUUUGUUACGGAGAUGCUGCACACUAUGUUUAUUCAUUACGGACAUUAGGGUGUUAAUAUCUCGGCUGCGGUGUUGACGGUGACCAAAACCUCCGUAUACAACUACAUCCUGUGCUGUUGGUUUCACCAGUUGGGAAUUCAUGAGCAAGCGCGACGGCAAGGUCUGUGUGGAAUGCCAAAGGGGAAAAAAGAAACGAAUUCGAACGAAGGGAUUGGGAUGAUAAUUCGGCCGUGUUGACCACACGACACGUGGCUAUUUCAGCAGCAGCGAAUAAGGUUUGUCAAGUAAACCUGGCACAAGUUUUGCACGAAUUGACUUUCCACGACUCGUGGCUCCCCAAGACCCACGGUAAUGUCUUGAUAAUGCGUGACACAAGGCUCAUGGAUUCGAAAUCAGAUGAAUCUCCGUGAGUGUGCGUAAAAAAAAAACGAUUGGGUGCUUGUACCUCUCUGAAGAGUUGGGUUUUCCAUGUCCCACCACCGAGCGCUGAGCGCUGCGGCGGUGGCCGCGUGGGAACGCGUUUCCCCCCCCCCCCCCCCCCCGUUUGUUGAUGUCAUCUCUAUCGAAGGCGUCAAUGGUGCAAUCACUUCGAGAAACCCAUUAUCCUUGGAUAAUGACGCGGCUGAGCCGGUGGUUAUAUUCAAGACGGGGAACAACAUUCGCGUCGUUGACGUCGUCGCUGCCUUGCGAGCGCUUCCCGCCCGCCUGCUCCCGACCGUCCCGAGCGAGAAGCUUCCGCUGGACGACGCUGCGCGAGUUCUCAUCGGGCGACGCUGCGAACGCCGCAGGACGAUCGCGCUGCCUUGGGGAACAUCGGUGGCGGCCGUGAACGGACGCCGGGAGAGCGAUGACCGGGUACACCCUGAGCCACUCGCAGGGAUUUUGGCGACUUUAGAAAAUGCGCGUUCGGGCAUUGUUGUCGUUUGAAACUAGCAUUCGGAGUCUCAUUUAAGGUGGGGGGCAUUUGGAAGCUGGGCAACUCUGCUUGCUGUACACGUACAGCAGUUUUGUCAGUCCGCUGCUAAAUAAGCACCUUCCAACGCCACACGGAUCAUGGGCGGGGUGGUAUUUGACGGUACUUCACGCUGGUCAGUGCGGGUUGAAGUGUGGCGAGCUAAGUGCUGGUUCUGCUGUGCCGGGUGAUUUUGAUGUGGGUGCGGGGCGGUUGGAAGCUGCGUAUGGGAGCGUUCGCUGUACGGACGCAUGGUGAUAUUUAUUUCUCUCUAUUUUUAUGGCCGGCUAUGCACGUGCGGUGGAAGUUUUACGAAUUAUGGCCGUUUGCCGUGAAAUCUUCCGUGGUGGGAUAUUGGGUUUAUUUUUAAUAAAAACAGAGCCUGCGUGCGA